UCUUCUCUCGACUGAUUUUCUUUCGUCCUUCAGUAUCGCGCUCAUCUUCUUUCCUUUCCGCUUUUGAUUCUUCGCUCGCGAGUUUUAGCUAAAACGGGUGAAAACAGGUCCGACCUCGAACACGUCGCGUCGGUGCCUCGAACGCGCACACGUCGUCUACGCGUUCUCCUCCUCCUCUUUUUCAUCCUCACCCUCUCCUACCACCACCAUCACUACCACCAACUCGACACCGUCAUCGGCACCGACCGGAUUUUGUUGCAGUCGCUCUCCGAGCCGCGAGCAAGGCCGAUAUCUGGUCUAGGUUAUCAGGAUAGAACAAUUAGUUUUUGCAUUUGAGAAUUGACAUUUGGAUUCCGUCCAAGAGGCAUCCUCGCUGGACUGUGCCAAUGUCGUCUACUACCAUGCGACCGGCGGAAGCAUGCAGGCACCGUGCCAGAGAACCGAUUCGCGUCUUUUUCUUCCCUUCAUCGACCGGCCUGUGCCAAGGCCAAGCAAGAAGCAGAAGCCACUGAGAGAAUACGGCCGAUUGUGCCUUGGUACAGAAGACCAGAGUAACGUUGUGACGGCGGAAGUAUGCACCGAGACACGCGGUGGACUUCCGCUUUUGCAAGUAUGGCCAAGCGAUUCGCCGAGACGCGAGGUCGAUAGUCAGGAACAAGCUUUUGUAUUUCCGGACGUUCAGGAAAACGUUAACGACAGUGGAAUCGAGUCCAUCCAGGCAUCUCCGUCGCCGUGUAAAGCUGCUUGCAACAGUCCAGCGACGACACCACAACAAUCUCGUCGCGCAAGUCUUUUGCAUCCGGAUCACGCGAGGCUUCAUCUGCAUCAUUUACAUCACAAUCACCAUAAUUCAGGCUCGAAAAGUCCUCCGACUCAAGAUAGAACAUCGAUCGACGAAGAUCCGCCCUCGGUACCUCCAAGCCCUUCUAGUACGACGACGAGUAGUCUCCGAUCGAUGCCGAGUUCAGCGAUCGCAUCUAUGCAUUCUCAGGACAGACGGCGUAGCAGCAGAUACAGCAUGUUCGAUGCUUUGGACUUGGAGUAUGCUCUUUUGAGAGCCGCUGCUAGGGGUUCGGUAGGGCCCUAUUCUCUUUCAGAAUCCCUGCACAAGUUGACGUUCACACAAAGUCUUGCUUUUCCCGCCUUGGCUCGUGGUUUAGCUUCGAAACAGAGUGUACCUACUAGAAGACCUCAACAACAUGCAGAAAGUGGACUGAAUGUCUUCGCCAAGGUUGUUACAGCUCUCGUCCUCAUGUUAGUCAGCGUCUUGGUGUUCGGUGUUGUUUAUAAAUUCGCUAGGACGUGAGGAUGGCUACUGGUACCCGAUCGACAUCCUGGCUCCAAUCAGGACUUUAAUAAUCGGCCGGGUGCCAGCGAGUCUUACGAUGAUAAUGCCUGAUCAAUCUUGAUGUCAGGAGUUCGCCAAAAGAUCUCUCUUUCUUUUUUCUUCCUUUUCUCUCUAACAGUCUCUUUUUCUCUCUUCGUCUAUUGCAUCUCUUUCUUCCGAUCCAUUCGAAAAUCUAGCCUUCCUCUUCAUCAAAGAUUCGAUGUAAGGACGAAUUAUUGGCGACUUUUGACAUGAAUCGAGCAUUAAUUGUAUCCAUAAGGCCUUCUUAACAAAAAAAGCAUAAGUGAUAAUCGGUAUGACCGAUUUCUUUUCAUUUCUUUCUAUUUUCUUUUUUUUUUUGUUUUCGUCUUCCGUGCGAAAGCGUUAUUUUAAUCGAUUUAAAUGAAAUUCAAGACACGAGGAAUUUCUUUCGUGAAGAAAUCCAUGGUAUUCGUUAAGAUUUUCAUCAAACGAUAAACGAUAUGUAUGAUAUAAAGAUAUAAAGAAUACGAUAUUAAAAGAUUUCAGGAUUUUUGAAAAAGAAAAUGAUUCACCUCCUUGUCGGGAACGAUGCGUACUACGUCCUCGUUUUCGAUUUUAUCACGAUUCGGACAAGGUCCUCGUAUUGGAACCUUCCCCUCUUGGGUUAGUGAAUUUUUUUACAUAAAAAAUUAGAAGCGCUGGCUUUUGAACGAUCGCGUGAGAAUAAUUAGGAGGAAAAAAGAAAGAAAAAGAAAAAGAAAAUAAAAAGAAUAAUUAAGGGACAACUCAAUCAUCUUCAUUGCUUUGCAGUGCCUUGUCCGUGCAUGUUCGCAUUGAAGAUUAGGAAUGUGCACGCGUACACGCAAAAUAUUAUCAAAAAGAAAUACGAUCCCAGGUAUAAGAAAAAAAAAAAAAGAAAAGAGGAAAAAAAGAAAAGAAAGAAAUAAAACAAAAAAGGAAUAGAAUUCUUCAAGUGCUUUAUAGUUUAUACGAUUACUUCUCGAUGACAAUCGCACGGAACGCGUUAAUGCGUCUUCGUCAUGCAAAUUCUAAAACAUAUUACACGUCGAUUUCAAUAAGGUAUAAUCGUGUGCAUGUGUACGUUUCUAAAUGAACGUGAAAUCUUUUCUUCUGUGUCUCCAAG